AUGUCAAUGAAAACUAUGAAGAUACUCUUGCUACUGGUUCUUCUUUUCCCUGUGGUGUCCCAGGCUGCUGCAGUUACAGCAUCAGACACUGUUAUGUGUCGGAAGACCAAAGGCAAAUGUUCAUUCCUGUUGUGUCCCAUGUUUAAGAGACCCAAGGGUACCUGUUACAAUGGACUGGCAAAGUGCUGCAGGCCAUUUUGGUGA